AAACACGUAGCCCCGCCCCCCGCCGCUCCACAACGCGGAACCAGAAACUAAACAUCAGCCGAAAACAAAAUGGGAGCGUCUCUGGACACCCCGGCCAGGUGUCCGCUGUGCAACGAGCUGACCCGGGAGCCCGUCACUCUCAAAUGUAACCACCGCUUCUGCCAGCGGUGUCUCGGGGACCUGUGGAGCGUCUCCCCGAACGGCCCGUACCACUGCCCGGAGUGGAGGUGUACCACGGUGUACCAGACGCUGCCGUUUGAUGGCAAACGGCCGCGCACCACGGCAGGCACAUCGGGGAAUGUUGAACAAAAUACAUCCGACUCCCUAUUGCGGAGGCCCUCGCUCCCCAGCCGACUUCUUCUCGGGAAGAGAAAAGCCAGCACGCCUGUAUCAGAGCCGCCUGACACAAAGCGAUCGACUGGGCCAUCUCCACGUGAGCGAUCCAAUGAUACCGAGACUCCUACCACCUCCUUCUCAGAUAAACCCCGUCAGUCUACGAGUGUGGAGACACCCAAGAAAGUAGGGCAACCAGAAUCCACAAAGUCUCAGCGCGGUGAUGGCACGUCCUCCAGUGACAACUCUGACAGCAAGGCAGUGCCUUCAAGUGAUGUUCCAGCAGGCACCUCCAUCCAGCAGAAACAGCAUAUAUCAGAGGAUAUCAUCUCAAUGGAUGACUCUGACACCUCCAAUGAAGUAGAUAUAUGCGACGCACCUGCUCCUGCAACUCCAAAGAAAGACGCAGUGACAGGAAUUCAUGCAUCGCCUAUGAAAACAGCCACAUCCGCCAACUCUGAUUCCUUUCCUGGAGUUUCAUCUCCAGGUAAGUCGCCUGUGAACCAUGGCAGCAAGUCUCCCCUGAUAUCCACCAAACAUCCUGCCGAUGCCCCACGAUUUCCAAGUCGUGUCGGCAUCUUCCCGGGGUCGGAGCACAAAAAUGCCAGCCCCGUGAACUGCCAUUACUGCCCUAAAACUAGGUAUCAGCCCGCUGUCAAGACCUGUCUGGUGUGCGGCGCUUCCAUGUGCACAGAGCACCUGCGUCCCCACCUGGACUCUCCCGUCUUCCAGAACCAUACCUUGGUUCCUCCCAUGGAGGAUUUUUCUCCCUGGAGGUGUCAGGAGCACCAGGAGAUAAACCGCAUCUACUGUCGGCAGUGUGGAGUGUGCGUGUGCACGGUGUGUACUGUCAUUGGCGCGCACCGCGACCACAUCUGCAUCAGCAUCAGGGAGGCAGAGAGAGAGCUCAGGGGGAACCUUAAAGACGAAAUCAAGCAACUGCAGGAGGCUGAACAGGACGUGAAGAACAGGGUGACUGAACUCACAGAGAAGAAAGAGACCUUCAAUGUGGUUUUAAGCGAGGCUCGAGCAGGAGUGCAGCAGCAGUACAGAGCCAUCAGAGAGGCCCUGGAGCAGGAGGAGCAAUCGACUCUGCAGUGUGUGACCAAGGAGGAGAACAGGGUUCUGGGGGGACUAGGGGAGAACCUCGGCCAACUCCGGAGCUCCCUGCAAUCCAUCCAGCAGGGCCUGCACACACUGGAGGCGUUGGCUGAUGCCAAGGGAGACAAACGCAUUCAGGACCAGGUCUUCAUUAUGGAAUACAGCAAGGUUGCCCAACUGAGUAGUAAAGUGGGGAUCUCUGUGGACCAGUUCAAGGCUCCAGAGGAAGUGGAUCGGGCCCGGCUGAAAUGUCUCCGGAGUUGGACUGAGAAACGCCUGGACAUGGUCAUCACUGUGCCGGGCAAUUACAGAGACCUCUACAGACUGAAAUAUGGUAUGGCCCCCGUCUUGGAUGCAGAUACUGCCCAUCCCAAGCUGCAGCUGUCUGAUAACAACAGGAGGGUGACCUACAGCGAAGCCCUGCAGCCCUACACAGACCACGAGGCUCGAUUCAGCUCCUUCCCACAGGUCCUCGCCUCCCGUUCUCUGGAAGGGGGGUGCUGGUACUGGGAGGUGAAUGUCUCUGUGGAUGAGGGCCGUUGGAAGGUGGGGCUGUGUGAGGGUCAGAUAGAGAGGAAAGGCCAAAAGGACAACUCUCGUCUGGGCUUCAACUCGUAUUCCUGGUGCCUGGCGUGUGACAAAAAGAAGGUGGAAGCGCUGCAUAACAAGGUGGCGGUUCCUGUGGAUGUGGACGGGCUGCAGAGGGUAGGAGUGUUCCUCGACUUUGAGGAGGGCAUUUUAUCAUUCUUUAAUAUGACACCAGGGGGCAGUCUAGCUUUAAUGCAUUCCUACAAGCACAGGUUUGCUGACCCUCUGUACCCAGCCCUGUCUGUGUCUAAAACACACCUGGCCAUCUGUGAUCCGUUUGAGUCAUAAACCAUGCAACACUGGCAUGUCAGCUGUGAUGGAAAUGUACUGGAUACCUGAAAGUGCUGUGCCUUUUUUAAAUGUGAAAACCAUUUAAUCACAAAAAAUUUGCUAAUCUGUAAAUUUCUCGGGGAUGACAGUGAUGCACUGCAUAUAAUGUUCUACUUUUACAAAACUCUUUAAAUGUGACUUUUAUAUACAUUUAUAUCAUGAUAGUACUAUACCUUACAUACACACUAUACAUGCAGCAUUCCAAACAGUGGCAGCAUAUUUUUUGUCACAGGAUUUUAAAUUUCAUUGAGGAUAGUCAAAGAACAAAUAAGUUUUUACAUGAGAAGCAAGUUAUCAGUGCAGAACAAUACAAAAAGUGGUUUUGGAUAAUUUUUCCAUAUUUACAUGUUUUUAAAAAAAUGCUCCAAAUGUUCUUUGUCUUGUCUUUUUUACUGUAAUAAAGGUCAACGCUUCGAAGGCAAA